CUAUCAUUUUUUACUGUUGUGAGGUCUGGAUAACUCCUUUAAAGACAGUUCCUCUCUCUGUGCGAGGUGAAGAUGUUGAGAUUAAGAGUGAACACUUAACAAAAGCCUCAAAACGCCUGUGGCUUCAACACGGUGGCAAGAAAACAAAGACUGUCGCCCCCUCAGGUGGACUGCAGGCGGUCUUUUUACCGAGAGCCCCACACCAUCUACAUUGUUACAAUCCUCCCAUUUCCUGCAACACAACACUUCCAUGUCUCUCGUGAAGGGUAUGCUGUCUUAUCGCUUCACAGUGGAUCGUACCUGCUGCCUGGGGAUUGACAACGAUGGAAAUAUAAAGAGCGAAUAUGAGAGGGGUUCGCCGCAAACUGUCAUUAGGUUGACAGCGAUGGGCUGCUGAUUUGGGAAUCCCAGAGAGCUGGAAGCGCCCAGGAACACCAUGACCGUGUUCAACCAGGAGAAUGUGGAGGAUUAUUACGAGAUUGGAGACGAACUCGGGAGUGGUCAGUUUGCCUUGGUAAAGAAAUGCCGUCAUAAGAACACUGGUGUGGAAUAUGCAGCCAAAUUUAUCAAGAAGCGGCGCAGCAAAUCUAGUCGGCGAGGAGUCUCCAAAGAGGACAUUGAGAGGGAGGUCAGCAUCUUGAGGGAAAUCCAGCACCCAAAUGUCAUCACCCUGCACGAUGUGUUUGAAAACAAGAAUGAGGUCAUUCUCAUCCUGGAGCUUGUGGCAGGUGGGGAACUCUUUGACUUUCUUGCUGAGAAAGAGUCAUUGAGUGAAGAGGAGGCCACCGAGUUCCUCAAGCAGAUCUUGGAUGGAGUCAGUUACCUACACUCAAAACAGAUUGCCCACUUUGACCUGAAGCCGGAGAACAUCAUGCUGUUAAACCGGAGUGUGCCUCACCCACGCAUUAAGCUCAUUGACUUUGGCCUGGCCCACAAGAUCGAUUUUGGCAACGAUUUCAAAAACAUCUUUGGUACCCCGGAGUUUGUAGCUCCAGAAGUGGUAAACUAUGAGCCUCUUGGCCUGGAGGCAGACAUGUGGAGCAUUGGGGUGAUCACUUAUAUUCUGCUUAGUGGUGCCUCACCUUUCCUGGGUGAAAAUAAGCAGGAGACACUUGCUAACGUGUCAGCUGUGGACUACGAGUUUGAUGAGGAGUACUUCAGCAACACCAGUGUUCUGGCCAAAGACUUCAUUGCACGGUUACUGAUCAAAGAUCCAAAAAAAAGAAUGACAAUCCUGGACAGUCUUCAACAUCCCUGGAUCAAGCCAAAGGACACGCUGCAGGCACUGAGUCGUAAGGAAUCAGCUGUGAAUAUGGAGAAAUUUAAGAAGUUUGCUGCCAGAAGAAAGUGGAAGCAAUCGGUGCGUCUCAUCUCUCUGUGUAACCGGCUCUCCCGCUCCUUCCUGUCUAGGAGCAACAUGAGUGUGGCACGCAGUGAUGACACACUGGAUGAGGAGGACUCAUUUGUCAUGAAGGCUAUUAUCCACGCAAUCAACGACGACAAUGUUCCAGGUCUGAAACACCUGCUUGGAUCCCUGACCAGCUAUGAUAUCAAUCAACCUAACAAGCACGGAACCCCUCCUCUCCUAAUCGCCGCGGGCUGUGGAAACGUCCAGAUCAUUGAUGUGCUAAUGAAAAAAGGGGCGGAGAUUCAAGCCUUUGAUAAGACUGGAGCCAACGCUAUCUACUAUGCUGCCCGACAUGGCCAUGUGGGGACCUUGAGAUUCUUGCAUGAAAAGAAGUGCCCUCUGGACAUCCAAGAUAAGUCUGGAGAAACGGCUCUGCAUGUGGCAGCUCGCUAUGGUAACGUGGAUGUGGUCCAAUACCUUUGCAGCAUCCAUGCCAACCCUGACCUACUGGACCGGGAGCAGGAGACACCUCUACACUGUGCAGCAUGGCACGGUUACUCGGCGGUGGCCAGAGUCCUGUGCGAGGCUGGCUGUGAUGUCAACGCCCGGAACCGUGAGGGUGAGAGCCCGUUACUUACCGCUUCCGCCCGCGGCUUCAAGGACAUCGUGGAGUGUCUUCUGGAGCAUGGGGCGGACAUGGAGUCUGCUGAUAAGGACGGUCACAUCGCUCUGCAUCUGGCGGUGAGGAGAUGUCAAAUUGAAGUGGUGAAGUGUCUGCUCAGCCAUCACUGCUAUGUGGACCACCAGGAUCGUCACGGCAACACACCCCUUCACAUCGCCUGCAAGGACGGCAACCUGCCUGUGGUCACGCAGCUCUGUGCUGCUAAAGCCAAUUUGGAUAUUCCUAACAAAUUUGGGAGAACACCUCUUCACCUGGCAGCUAGUAACGGUGGUCUGGAGGUGGUGCGUCAUCUCUGCGUUACAGGAGCAAACACUGAGGCUAUCACUAAUGAUGGAAAGACAGCGGAGGAUCUUGCGACUGCAGAGCAGCAGGAGCAUGUAGCAGUGCUGCUGGCCAAGCUGAAAAAGGACAACCAUAAGAGCGUUUACAUCCAGCAGCUGCGGCCUACACAGACCCCUCAACCUCGUAUCAAACUCAAGCUGUUCGGCCACUCGGGAGCAGGGAAGAGCACUCUGGUGGAGUCUUUGAAAUGUGGCAUCUUACGGAGUUUCUUCAGGAGGAGAAGGACCAGGCUGACCAACCCUGUACGGCACCCAGCCUCACCGGUCACCUCCAAACCUGCAGUGUCUGUCAGUAUCUCUAACCUGUACCCAGGCUGUGAGAAUGUAAGUGUGCGUAGCCGCAGUAUGAUGUUCGAGCCCAGUCUGACUAAAGGAGUGUUGGAAGUCUUCAGUCCUGUUCAUAACUCUCUGUCCACGGCUGACGACACCGCUACCAAAGCCAUCGACAUCCAGAAUGCCAAUGUCAAUGGAGUUGGAGACUUCAGUAUUUGGGAAUUCUCUGGUAAUCCCGUCUACUACUGCUCAUAUGACUACUUCGCUGCGAAUGACGCCACAGGAAUUCAUUUGGUCUUAUUCAGCCUGGAGGAGCCUUAUGAGACUCAACUCAACCAGGUCACAUUCUGGCUCAACUGCCUAAAGGCUCUCAUGCUGCCAGAGGACAACAUCGCCUUUGGAGGGAAGAUCAGGAAUCCACUGCGUGUGGUGCUGGUGGCCACACAUGCUGACAUUGUGAAUCUGCCCCGAUCGUUUGGGGGAGAGUUCAGCUAUGACAAGGAGAGAUCUCUACUUAGGGAAGUCAGGAACAGGUUUGGGAAUGAUCUGCAGAUCGCUGAGAAGCUCUUUGUCAUGGAUGCAGGAGCGUCCAACUCCAAAGACAUGAAGCUGCUGAGAAACCUUCUGUUAGAGCUCCGCAACGCCAUCAUCUCUUCCUGCAGGCCGAUGACUCAGCUGGCAGAGAAGCUGUUGUCCACUCUGCCUUCCUGGCGGAAACUGAAUGGGCCAAACCAGCUGAUGUCAUGGCAACAGUUUGUUGUGGAUGUGCAAGAACAAAUCAACCCUCUAGCCAGUGAAGAGAAUCUGCGGGAACUGGCUUCACAACUUCACAGCAUGGGAGAGAUUAACAUCAUGCAGAGUGAGACUGUCCAGGAUGUUGUCCUGUUAGAUCCUCGCUGGCUCUGUAGUAACGUACUUGGCAAGCUUCUCUCAAUUGAAACCCCCAAAGCGAUCCACCACUACCGAGGCCGCUACCGUGUGGAAGAACUCCAAACCCUUGUCUCUGAAGGUGACAUCGACGAACUUCUCCAAGUGCUCGACGCCAUGGACGUAUGUGCCCGUGACACAGCCAACCCAGGAAUGGUGGACAUCCCCGCCCUGAUACGCACGGGUGGCCUACAGCACACCUGGACUGAUGAGGAAGACAUCGAAGGUGAGGACGCAUUGCUUUACGGUGGAGUGCGCGUGGUCCCUGCGGAGCACUUGGCGCCAUUCCCUUGUGGACUUUUCCAUAAGUUUCAAGUGAACUUAUGCCGGUGGAGCCGGCAACAGAAGCCUGAGGUUGAGGCCGAGGAUGUGAGGUUGUGGAGCGGUGGAGCUCGGGUUGGACUCGGUGGUGCUGAGGCUCUAGUGCUGCUUGUGAACCACGGGCAGGGAAUGGAGGUACAAUUACGUGGACCUGACAUAGAUCCCGGACGGUGCUAUGCUUUGUUGGACACGUUGUGCGGCAUGGCAGAGGGUCUCUUAGCUGCUACGUUACCCGGUUUGCUUACCGCCCGACAUUAUCUAAGCCCUCAGCAGCUGCGGGAACACCACGGCCCUGUCAUGCUCUACCAGCCGAGGGACUUUUUCCGCGCUCAGGCACGAGGUGAGAAUGCGCUGUCGAACACCAUGGGUGGCUAUCGUGAGAGCUUUGUCAGUAUCGUAGCAUUAGGUUGCACCCAGGUCUACAAACAGGGCAGUCUUGGUGGGGAAGUGCCCGUGGCGGAAGUCAGUCACCUGGCUCGACGCAAGCUCUGCCGCUUGCUGGACCCCCCUGAUGCCCUCGGAAAGGACUGGUGCCUGCUCGCCAUGAACUUGGGCCUUAGCGAGCUCGCUGCUAAAUACAGUUCUGGCACCAACGGGACUCCGCCUGCCGACCCUCUUUCCCUUCUCAGCCCCACAGCCACACUCCUGCAAGAGUGGAGCCAACGACCCGAUUCAUCCAUAGGCAUUUUGGUCGCUAAGUUGCGAGAACUUGGCCGUCGGGACGCAGCGGAUUUCCUCCUUAGAGCUGCGCCAGUGUUCCGAGUCAACUUGGAGAUUUUGGGCACCCCACCGGAGCCAUACAGCCCAGUUUGUAAUGGGGGCGGCACGUCCUACAACUCCAUCAGUUCCGUGAUCUCUCGUUAGGACGUCACUGGUGUCUAUAGAGAAACGUGCAAUUAACCAACAAGAGUGGUGUUAAAUCUCAAACUCCCUGGUGUCCUGAGACUGAAGUAUUUGAAUCAGAUACUCUGUUCAUGUCCAUUUUGUUGCCCUUUGCGAUUUCUGAAUGUUCAUCCUCGGUGUCUCUGAAAAGGUGCCUAUGUAACUUUUCCCCUGCAAAUCUUUUAUCGACUGUCUCACAUUCCCAAGGUGAAACUGUAGACGGCCUUUCUCAAAAUGUCCUUAUUGAAUAAAUCUGCAGUUUGCAAUUACUUUUAUAUAAUCAGACAGCUGUUAUAGGGGAAUUACACUAAAUUUGAUGACCGAAUGAUAGAUCACUAAGUGCUUGGCAACAUUAUUUAAUAAAUGACUCAAGCUAUUGAGUGCCUUGAAGAUGGUAAACUGUUGACAAAGAGCCAUCAUGUAGAUUUCAAAAUUGGAUGUGCACCUCUGCAAGUGCUUCAGUGUUUACCUGUCUUUUGAAGCUUUUAAUGAACAUAUCUAUUACGCAACAAUAGAUUAAUGCUUGUUCUCAAACAUAGAAAACUGUGUAGUUUACAUUUACUACCUGAAUGUUUCUUAUUGCAAAGACAGGAUUUUAUUUGACUGAUGAAGCACAAACCAACAUACUAAACAUUCCUUGAAAAGCGAAAAUACAUGGUAAAAUCUGGUUUCUAAAAUCCUUCACAUUUGUCUUAUUCACACUUGUCACAUUCACUUUUGAGAAACUUUACGGUUAUAACUACCUGACAAAUGGAAAUGAUGAAAUAAUCCAGGCACUUACAUGACAAAUAAGAUUUCAUUUUUUAUAUAUAUAAAAAUGAUGUCUGCUUCAGUGUAUUGAUAAGCAUGAUCUUUGUUGCAAUUGUUCCGCUGUUAUAUCAAUAUAUUCUGUUUCACACAUUUACACUGUUGUUGAGUGUUUAAGACAAAUUUAUUUUGAACACUUAGUCAUGUGUAUUCUUUACACUGGAGAAUUUAAAAAAAAAAAAAAUGUCAUAAAAUGUCAACAUUUGCAUUGAAACUGUUAAAAGUGAAGCCAUUCCUCAGUUACAGGAGUACCUGUCUGGUUGUAAUGAAUGUGGUAUACUGGACACAAAUGAACUGUAGAUGGCAGCAAAGACUCUCUGUUACAUCUGAACACAUGCUAUGACUCUUUUGCUCUCCUUUACAUGAGACAGUUGCAGUUUCAUCAUGUUUUUAAUGUCUAAAAAAAAAGAGAACUGUUCCAUAUUAUAUUUUGGGACAGGUCUAUCCUCCAACCCUUCAUCAUUCCCCUUGCAGGCUUAAAAUCACAAACAUUUUUAAAAGGGAAUUGGGCUUAUUUUGUUCUAUCAUUCCAAAAGGCACAUUUUUAUAUUGUGAUUAAGUCUAUGUAUUAUGGAGCUCUUUCUCUGUUUAGCUGUGGUCGAGGUUUAUGAUUUCCCCUCUUAAGACUUCAACAGGGUAAAUCAGAGUGGAAUUUAUCCUGGUGUAUUUAAGACUUGUACAGUCAUCUCUUUGCACAAGACCUUCACAUUAUUUCUCUAUUUAUAUUAUGUUUGCAUGUCUCUGAAUGCCAUGUCCUUAAUACUUCCUUAAACUUUACAGUGUACUACUUUUUUUUUUAUAAUAAAUUGUUUACUCAA